CAUAAAAGGCCCAGUCCGCCGGGCCGACGUUCUCAGCCAGUCGGUUCCCGAGCGCGUUCCCGGUGACCCCACAGUGGGUGUUUAAGGGAGGACGGACAGACUGACCAGACGCCGACCAGGGCCAGAAGAAGCUAGCUAACACCAUGCGUGAGAUCGUGCACAUCCAGGCGGGCCAGUGUGGCAACCAGAUCGGCGCCAAGUUUUGGGAGGUCAUCAGUGAUGAGCAUGGGAUCGACCCCACUGGCAGUUACCAUGGAGACAGUGACUUGCAGCUGGAGAGAAUCAAUGUGUACUACAACGAAGCCACUGGUAACAAAUACGUACCUCGGGCCAUCCUGGUGGAUCUGGAGCCAGGCACCAUGGACUCGGUCAGGUCUGGACCAUUCGGCCAGAUCUUCAGGCCAGACAACUUCGUGUUUGGCCAGAGCGGUGCUGGAAACAACUGGGCAAAGGGCCACUACACAGAGGGAGCCGAGCUGGUCGACUCGGUCCUGGACGUGGUGAGGAAGGAAUCAGAAAGCUGUGACUGUCUGCAGGGCUUCCAGCUGACCCACUCGCUGGGGGGCGGCACAGGGUCUGGGAUGGGCACCCUGCUCAUCAGCAAGAUCCGGGAGGAGUACCCCGACCGCAUCAUGAACACCUUCAGCGUCAUGCCCUCGCCCAAGGUGUCAGACACGGUGGUCGAGCCCUACAACGCCACCCUGUCGGUGCACCAGCUGGUGGAAAACACAGAUGAAACCUACUGCAUCGACAACGAGGCGCUGUACGACAUCUGCUUCCGCACCCUGAAACUGACCACCCCCACGUACGGCGACCUCAACCACCUGGUGUCGGCCACCAUGAGCGGGGUCACCACCUGCCUGCGCUUCCCGGGCCAGCUGAACGCCGACCUGCGCAAGCUGGCCGUGAACAUGGUGCCCUUCCCGCGCCUGCACUUCUUCAUGCCCGGCUUCGCGCCGCUCACCAGCCGGGGCAGCCAGCAGUACCGCGCGCUGACGGUGCCCGAGCUGACCCAGCAGAUGUUCGACUCCAAGAACAUGAUGGCCGCGUGCGACCCGCGCCACGGCCGCUACCUGACCGUGGCUGCCAUCUUCCGCGGCCGCAUGUCCAUGAAGGAGGUGGACGAGCAGAUGCUCAACGUGCAGAACAAGAACAGCAGCUACUUCGUCGAGUGGAUCCCCAACAACGUGAAGACAGCCGUGUGCGACAUCCCGCCGCGCGGCCUCAAGAUGUCGGCCACCUUCAUCGGCAACAGCACGGCCAUCCAGGAGCUGUUCAAGCGCAUCUCGGAGCAGUUCACGGCCAUGUUCCGGCGCAAGGCCUUCCUGCACUGGUACACGGGCGAGGGCAUGGAUGAGAUGGAGUUCACCGAAGCCGAGAGCAACAUGAACGACCUGGUGUCCGAGUACCAGCAGUACCAGGACGCCACGGCCGACGAGCAGGGCGAGUUCGAGGAGGAGGAGGGCGAGGACGAGGCUUAAGCUCGCGGUGUAAAGCGGGUUAGGGAAAGCUGAGAAGGAAAAGCACGGGGGAGGGGGGCUUAGUGGUGAAAAUCUCGUGGCAGUCGAAGGAAAGAAGCAUGGUCUUCUCUAGGUGUGUGCGCGGCAUCUCUGGUGCUCUUCACUGUUGCCUGUCAUUUGGUUUCCUUUCUUUUUGUAAUAUUGACGACAUCAAUGUAACAUUUGAUCUAUUUCUGAACUACUGUUGUAACGGCUAAAAUCACAUAAACGUUUGUGUCCUAA